AUGUUGUGGGAAAGAGGUAGAUACUCUAUGGUGGACAUCGACUUAUUGCCCGAGUUCACUUCGCUCCAAUUGGUGACGUUCGCCCUGGUGGUGUGCGCCCUGGUGUACGCUUACUCCAAGCUCAACGACACCCUCCGCUCGGUGCCGGUGUUUUGCUGGGCAUGCUUCGUCAAGCCGUUUUUUGAACUGUUUACCCACAAGCCCAUUGCCACUGGUGGCUCCAACCAGCAAGCGUUGGAAGUGUUUUACCUGGGCCAAGCCCACAUCUACGACCAGACCCGCCGCGUGUUAUUGCAAGGUAGAGAAGAAUGCCUUCAAUUGGCGUUGGCCCACGUGCCGAAGAAGCGGGACCUUGUCUGGAUCGACAUUGGUGGCGGCACCGGCGCCAAUAUCGAGCUGAUGGACAAGUACGCCAAGAUCGCCACUUACUUCAAGUCGGUGUACCUUGUCGAUCUUAGUCCGUCGUUGUGCAAGGUGGCUCGCGAGCGGUUUGCUCAGAAGGGAUGGACGAACGUCCACGUCAUUGAGGCUGAUGCCUGUGGUUUCACCAUCGAUGAAGCUGCUGCAGACUUGAUCACCUUCCUGUACUCGUUGUCGAUGAUCCCUACCUUCAACCUGACGAUCGAUUACGCGGUGCUGUUAUUGGACCCGCUGGGGAUCGUGGCCCUGGUUGACUUUGGUAUUCAAAGUGGUGACACCUCGAUGGGGCGGACCGACACUUUGGGUGGGCUGGUUAACCGUCACUACCCGUGGAUUCUCCGUAACUUCUGGCGCAUCUGGUUCGAGGCCGACCGGGUGUUUUUGGACCUGGCCCGCCGUAACUACUUGGAGUACAAGUUCGGGACGGUGAAGUCGCUCAAUUGCUACAACAACACUCUUGGCAAGAUUCCCUACUACAUUUGGGUGGGUUGUCUCAAGCACAAGCUGGACCAGUUGUUGCACCGCAUCAACUGCCUUGCCACUGAGCUGCCGUACUUGGCACCCCAUGACAGUCCUGUUCUUGACACCAGCGACGUUCCCGUGAGCAAGGGCCAUGCCGCUGCUCUCGACAACCUCAAGAAGUUGUUACCUUACCCGCUGAUGUACUACCAAAAGGAAGCAUGGAGAGUGUACUACGAUGAAACCAAUCCCUUGGCCAACCAAUUCAAAGACACUUACAUUUACGCCUUCACCUGGGAAGACCCCAGAGAAGACGACAACAUUCUUCAUUUCUCCAGCAACGACACCGUGUUGGCGAUCACGCUGGCCGGUGACAACAUUUUGCACUACGCUCUGUUGCCCAAUCCGCCCAAACGGAUCCACGCCGUCGACUUGAACCCUGCCCAAAACCACUUGCUUGAACUUAAGCUUGCCUGCUUGCGGACUUUGCCCCACGAACAAGUGUUUGCCAUGUUUGGUGACGGUAAGAUCCCCAACUUCAAGCUGCUUUUGCUCAACAAGUUGGCCCCGCACUUGUCGUCGCAAGCGUUCCAAUUCUGGUGGCACAAGCUGUGGACUUUCGACCCUAAGGGUCGGGGUCUCUACGACACUGGUUUUUCCAAGUGGGGGAUCCGCAUCGGCCGCUGGAUCUUCAGUUUGUUCGGAGUCACCGAUAAGGUGAAGGAGAUCUGUGAAGCGACGACGAUGAAGCAGCAGUUGGACAUCUGGAACAACUAUUUGAAGCGGCUGUUGUUCAACCCGUUCGUGGCGCGGAUGCUCGUGGGCAACCCCAUCUUUUUGUGGCGGGCGUUAGGUGUCCCCACCAACCAAGCCAAGAUGAUGGGUAAGUCGGUGCUCAAAUACGUUGUCGACACCUUGGACCCUGUGCUUGAGCGGUCGCUUAUCUCUAAGGAUAACUACUUCUACUAUGUUUGCUUGAUGGGUAAGUUUGCUUACGACAACUGCCCUCAAUACCUUUCGCUCAAAGGCUACAAGCGGUUGAGCGCCGCUGGCCCCGAGUCGCCGUUGCUGAAUGUCCGCAUCCACACCGACACCCUCAACGAGGUGUUUGCUCGUUUGAGCGACAAGACGAUCUCGAUUGCCAUCAUCAUGGACCACAUGGACUGGUUCAACCCUCAGGGCACCGAGGCCUACAAUGAAAUUGCCGCCCUUAAAAAGUGCUUAGCUCCCAACGGACGGGUGAUGCUUCGGUCGGCGUCGACCAAGCCGUGGUACCUUGAGACUUUCGCCGAGUUGGGCUUCGACUGCAAGCCCGCCGCCAUCAGAAAGCUGGGCCACCUGAUCGACCGCAUCAACAUGUACGCCUCCACCUGGGUGUGCACCAAGAUCGACGACACCGUCGAUGCUGAAGUUAACAUCCCCAGCCGCCGGAGAAUGCUGAGCUUGCAACUUGACAAUUUAAAAUGA